AGAGUUCAGCAAAAUCAAUUGCCCGAUUUAGUUUGUACUGGGGAGAUGUGGCGGGUUCCGAACGCAGAUCGUGCUGCAAUGAAGAAAGCAACCGCCAUUGGCAUUUUAUGUCUCGUGAUGCUACAAUUUUCACUAACAGCAGGUUCUAAAGGACCAAAGAUAAACGUAGCUUACCAAAGACCAGUAAAAACCAACAUUAGAAUUGGACAAUCCCAGGGCAAACCUAUUCACGCGGUGGAUGAUGCAUUCGAGAAAGAAACCUGCUUUGAAAAUUCUAAAAAAAUCAAAGCCCCGUGGUUGCAGAUUGAUUUAGGAAAACAGCUAUGGGUGGAAAAAGUUCGCAUUAUGAGCAAGGAAGCAUUAUCAAACAUUGACAUUAGAAUAGGCAACAGGGACAAUGAUUUUACAUGUAAUCCAUUGUGUCUCAAAAGUGUUCUUAUUCGGAGAGCGCCCACCUUGUUUAGCUGUGCUGAGCCAAUGCUAGGAAGAUAUGUAUAUAUUGUAGCAAAAGGGUACAUCAAACUAUGCGACGUACAGGUCUUUCUGAAUGCUGAUGCGACGGACACGAACAUAAAGUACCUUGCUGGUACCGAUUCGCAAGACAAGGGGAUGCUGAAAAAAGGGAAAUAUGACUUUGAAGAUCUUUCGCCAGGCGACUACGCUCAGAUCGUUUUGCCGCAUCGCAAAUUAAGAGUUAAAAGGAAAGACCUUGUAAUCGAUCUUCCACCUAAAACAGAUAGCCUCACUGUUAACACUGCAGUACUGAUUCCUGUACAGCGGAAUGAAGACAGCAGUAAGGAUAAAUGUGGAUCACGUCAAGGCGAACUUGAACAAAAGUACGUCAAUGGAGCUGUCAUGAUGGUUCAAGACAGUGGUGUGGUCACCAUCAAAGCUCUGUACACAACUUGGUUAAACAAGAAGAGAAGACAUACUUUUCGCUGUAGCAGAAGUGAUGUGCGCGUCAAAGGUGACAUUUGCCAAUUGCAAAACAAAUGUGGCGACUCAUAUGGAUCAAAGUGUGACACGAAAUUCAUAAGUCCACUGCUUCCUCCUGGCUCUUACUACUGCAAGUGCAAUCCUGGUUUUGUGUCAUCAUCAUCUACAGUACUCCCUAUUGCUAACUAUGUAGCACCUGGAGAGAAAUGCAUUAACGGACGACCAGAGAUAUGGCAUAGCAAACAAAAUCUUGCCUUACUGAAAAAAGCGAUUGCGUCCUCAACUGACAAGGGUUUGGCUAAGUUUGUGGUGGAUGGCGAUCCUGGAACUUGUUUCAUGUCCCACACGGGAAAAAAACCUUGGCUGAUUUUGUAUCUUGGUGAUUUCCAACCAGUGUCCUUAGUUCGUAUUCACUCGGCAAAGAGUCAAGGUAACAAGAACCGCAUGAAAGAUGUGGGCGUCUUCGCAGGUAUGAGAACACCUGGGAUCGUGGUAUUUUUGAAUGACAAAACAUUCUUAUAA